UGAUCGGGCGCCGUGAUCGGACGCAGUGACCGGGAUGGGCAGCGUGCGCGCCACGGUGGAGAGCAUGCGAGAUGGCUUGAAGAACUUAGUGAAGACGCAGGACUUCGACAGGGUGCUUGGCAAGGUGAAACUUCUUUCUGCAAGUCCAGGAAAAGUUGUGUGUGAAUUGAAAGUGGAGGAGGAACAUACCAACAAACAUGGCACGUUACAUGGAGGUUUGACAGCCACGCUUGUGGAUGUGAUAUCAACAGUUGCACUGAUAUACACAGAAAGAGGAGUGCCUGGGGUCAGUGUGGACAUGAACAUCACAUAUACCUCAGCUGCUAAAAUUGGAGAAGAAGUACUGAUUACGGCUCAGAUUUUGAAGCAAGGAAGAAAUCUUGCAUUUGCCAGUGUGGAUCUAACAAAUAAGGCAACAGGAAAGUUAAUUGCACAAGGCAGACAUACAAAGUAUAUGGGACAGUAAUGCAACAGAUUUCAAAAACAACAACAUUGGGUUAAGAAUCCCAUCUAGAACAGUCUUUUCACACAAUGACAAUCUCCACACUUUUGAUUGUAUAACAUGAAUUGCUCUCUGUUCUGUGAUAAAUGAACCAAUUUAUUACCAUCAAAAUGGUUAAAAGCCUAAAAUUAUCGGGAUGAAAAACAACACAAUAACAUAAGAAAGCAUCUGUUUGGACUUUGAGGGUCAGUGUAACAAAGAAAAAGGUUUUGGAACAGCAGUAUGGUUUACUAGCAUGACAGUGUUAAAGGAUCUGGUAUUUGUUUUUGCUGUGAUGUAGCCACGUGAGUAAGCAGUCCACCCUCCAGGCUUAUGACUAUUGCAUUCACACACUACACUGUAUGCUUACUAACUGUUCUGUAGGAGGAUGGUGAAGGGUUCUUGUAAGCAACUAGUUUCAUGUUAUGGAAAGUGUGAAGCAAGAUAAUACAAAGCGUAAUUCACUGCUACUGUAACACAUUCAAAUCUUUUCAAUAAAGCUUUCUGAAACUA